AUUUUGUUUUUUUAUGCAACUUUUUUAUAUUUUAAUGUAAGUUUUUAAUUUUAAAAAUUGCUGUCCGUUUUCCGUGGAGCCAAUUGACCGAGAAUCCCCUCAUGUAAAUAACAGUUUUUAUAUAAUCAUCGUUCACGCUGUUGAUGAUGGCUUCCCACCGCAGACUGCUACAGGGACCCUAAUGCUCUUCCUGUCUGACAUCAAUGACAACGUCCCGACUCUCCGGCCACGUUCCCGCUACAUGGAGGUCUGUGAGUCUGCUGUGCAUGAGCCCCUCCACAUCGAGGCAGAGGAUCCGGACCUGGAGCCGUUCUCUGACCCAUUUGCAUUUGAAUUGGACAAUACCUGGGGAAAUGCAGAGGACACAUGGAAGUUGGGGAGAAAUUGGGGUCAAUCAGUUGAACUUUUAACCUUGAGAAGCCUGCCACAUGGUAAUUACUUGGUGCCACUCUUCAUUGGAGACAAACAGGGACUUUCCCAGAAGCAAACUGUCCGUGUAAGGAUCUGCCCCUGUGCCAGUGGGCUCACGUGUGUGGAGCAUGCAGAUGCAGAAGUGGGGCUUCUUGUGGGGGCCCUGUUCCCUGUCUGUGCAGCCUUUGUGGCUCUGGCAGUGGCUCUGCUUUUUCUGUUGCGAUGCUAUUUUGUGCUUGAACCUAAGAGGCAUGGAUGCUCUGUAUCCAAUGAUGAAGGCCACCAAACACUGGUCAUGUAUAAUGCGGAGAGCAAAGCCACUUCAGCCCAGACAUGGUCAGAUGUUGAAGGCCAGAGGCCGGCUCUGCUCAUCUGCACAGCUGCAGCAGGACCCACGCAGGGAGUUAAGGAUCUCGAGGAAGUGCCUCCAUCUGCAGCGAGUAGGUCAGCCCAAGCACGCUGUGCUCUGGGGAGCUGGGGUUAUGGCAAGCCCUUUGAGCCAAGAGGUGUGAAAAACAUACACUCCUGGCCUGCUUACCCAGCUGCCACAAGGCACAGACAACUCCUGGCUCCGGUGGAAAGAAGGAUGGCAGAGACAUUGAAUCAGAAACUCCAUGUUGCCAAUGUGCUGGAAGAUGACCCCGGCUACCUACCUCACGUCUACAGCGAGGAAGGGGAGUGUGGAGGGGCCCCAUCCCUCAGCUCUCUGGCCAGCUUGGAACAGGAGCUGCCACCUGAUUUGCUGGACUCUUUGGGUUCAAAAGCGACUCCGUUUGAGGAAAUAUAUUCAGAGUCAGGUGUUCCUUCCUAAAAAAAUGUAUAUUUUGGAGAAUUGAAAUAAUUCAUGGAAGGGAAUCACUGUUCAGGGAUUUUUCCCCUUUGCUCUUCUUUUCCCUACUUAAAAGAAAAAUUACCUUCUAGUCCUAGGAUGAGGACACACUAUUAGUUUGAAUUAAAUGCUUUGAUAUUCUCAGAUCAGCCAUCUUGAACCAAAGCAAAACCACAAGUUACGCUUUCUUAAAAUUUGAUUUGUCAUAUUUUCUAGAGAAACUUGAAUUUAAUUGUGUUAUUCUUAGCUUCCACUGGCAGCCUAGCUUUGAGGGUAAAUGAAAAUAUAACCCAUAGAUUACCCAGCCACUUGGGAACAGCAGGUAGUACUGAAGAAAAAUAAAAAUAGAUUUUGAAAACGUUA